AUGGAACUUGAGAAAUUUGAUUCAAUCGAAGCUUUGACAACGACGCGUUUCGAUUGGAAAUGUAGACUACGCUUACAGUGUCUGUGGAGAGCUUCAAACAUGAAAACCAAAGAGUUCUGGGGCUUAAACAUGAUCUAUAUUGACGAUUCAAACCAUAGGAUCCAUGCCUUUGCCAGCGCAAAAUACUGCAAAAAUCUGAUUAAUGAAGUGAAAGAAGGAAAAAUUUAUAUCUUAACCAAUUUCAAAGUUAAGGAUUAUGUUGGAGAUGAAACAUUUAGAGCUGUUCGCAACAAAAAGCACAUUUACUUUACUACCCACACCAAAAUUGAGAAAGAUGUGGACAAUGGUUUACAGAUCGACAGGCAUGCUUUUGAUUUGUUCUACAUGGGAGAAAUGCCAAAGUUGGCAACUGACAACCGGUUUUUAGUUGAUGUCGUAGGUGAAAUCCGGAAUGUGCGUGCAAAUAUUAAGUCUACCAAAACUGAUUCUGAGAAAGUUCUAACAAAAUUUGACCUGUGCGAUGAGAGGCACACUCUGGCUGUAACUCUAUUUGACGAUUUUGGAACUCAGUUUGAGCAAACGCUGAGAUGUUGCAAGGACCAACAGGUCUUUGUCAUAAUAUGUGCUGCGAAGAUUGGCCUCUAUGAAGGUUUACCUAACUUAACAAACUACUCUGCUACAAGAAUCUACAUAAAUCCAGGGCAUUACAGCGUACGUCAGCUCAGAGAAAGGAUUGCUGCCAUGCCACGUGCAAAAGCUGGCUCACCACCUGUAGAAGAGAUGAAUUUUCCAAUGCUGACUGUGAAACAAAUCCAGUCAUUGCCUCCUGAAUCCAGCGAGUGUAAAGUCAAUUGCAAGGUUCGUGUGACCAAAGUUGAGGAAAAUGCUAAUUGGUAUUAUGCAAUUUGCACAAAGUGUCCAGCAGAAAUUGUCAAAGAAAACGGCGUUUUCAACUGCAUCAACUGUAAAAGAAUUAUUCCAUAUCCAGACAAAAGGUUCCGUGUUUGCACAUUGUGCAGCGACAGCACAGGAACAAUUGCAAUAAUAUUUCUUGAUGAAGAUGUGAGCCGUAUUCUAGAGAAAACAGUUUUUGACGUUGAAGUUGAAAUGUUUGAGGCCAAAACUGAAGGGCAAUUUCCACAACAGCUUAAGGAGUUGCAGAAUGAAGUGUAUGACAUCACUCUAAACAUUACGGCUGACAAUCUGAAGAAAGGAUCAAAGGUCUACGAAGCCUUUCAGAUUCUGGACAAAGUCGAGAGUGGAGGCAAUUUUGAUCCAUCUGGCGGAAAACACAGCGAAAUGGCAGAUGCAAUCUCUGUGGACCUUGGAGAUGACAACAUGAACACUCCGAACACUGGGAUUUCUUCUACGAAAACAAGACCUCGAGUCCAUAUUGAGCCUCUUCCGUUUGAUCCUAAAGGAGCAAGUCCUGCCAAAGCUAUCAAAAAGGAAAAUCCGGAAAAGAAUAGCACAAUUCAUGCUUUUAUACCAGCUGUGUGCGCUUAUGACCUGGAAAGACAAAUCAUGGUGGGAACUGUGAAUAUUAUUUCUGACUUCAUUGUGCAAGCUUACAAAGACACUGACGGUUUCCGUAGUGUUCGUGCUGCAAAUCAACUAAUCUUCACGAAGGAGACAAAGAUACAACAGGUGGAUGAGUAA